GACAAUUCCGUAUACUCUCCGGCGAACCUUCGAGGACCUUCUAAACUCUAAUACUCACGACGACUCGACCACUUUCAUCACUCCAAAAUUGAGAUCAACUUCACGACGAACGAGAACUAAUGGAGCAAUCGGCUGCUCCACAACCUCCGUCGAUGCCGUUACCAUAUCUUCCAAGCUCCGUUCAAGCCUCGAGAGAUGACCUUCAAUGUAUCGGAACUAUGGAGAUCGUCCGGCCAAAGCCAGUCGGUUUUCUCUGUGGCACCAUACCUGUUCUCGCCGAUAACUCGUAUCCGGCUUUUACUUCGGCUCUCCUCCCUCCUCAGGAAACCGUCGUCACUGCUCCGAGGUACCAGAUUCUUCCGAUGGAGACGGAUCUUAAUCGGCCUCCUUUGUUGACGGAUUUUCCCGAUAAUAUUUUACCCCUCUCCGCCGUCAAGUCUAGGAUCACCGGAGAUAUAUCUAAGGAGGCUAAUGUUAUUGCUUCGAACCUUAGCAAGAAAUGUGAAGCCCUUGCUGUGUCUGGUUUAGUGGAAUAUGGGGAUGAGAUAGAUGUGAUUGCUCCUGUUGAUAUUCUUAAGCAAAUCUUUAAGAUACCUUACUCGAAAGCUCGCGUUUCCAUAGCAGUUCAGAGGGUUGGACAGACUCUCGUAUUGAAUCCUGGACCUGAUGUUGAGGAGGGAGAAAAACUGAUUAGGAGGCAUAACAAUCAACCCACAUGUACAAAAAACGUGGAUGAAUCUUUGUUUCUAAACUUUGCUAUGCAUUCUGUGAGGAUGGAGGCUUGUGAUAUUCCCCCGACGCAUCGUCCACAUACCGAGAAAUACUCGAGUUCGUCUGCUCUCCCUGCGGGAGAGAAUUCUCAUGGGCUACAACAGAAUUGUGAUAGUGCUCCAGAUGACAGACUUGAUAACCCUGCAGGAGGUAGUAAACAAUCUAAACGGGAUGGUUUCAUUUGUCAAACUAAGAAGAGCAAAAAAACCAAGGCACGUGAGCCGGUAAAAAAAAACACUCAAAUCAGUGAUAAGAUCAAGCCUUCUGGAGACUCUGAUAAACAUAGAAGAGGUGGGAGUAACGAAUUUUUAAGAGUUCUAUUUUGGCAAUUCCACAACUUCCGCAUGCUUUUGGGUAGUGAUUUACUUCUGUUCAGCAAUGAAAAAUAUCUGGCUGUAAGCUUGCACUUGUGGGAUGUUAGCCAAAAGGUUACACCUUUGACCUGGCUUGAAGCUUGGCUUGAUAAUGUAAUGGCCAGUGUGCCCGAGUUAGCAAUUUGCUAUCAUGAGAACGGUAUUGUCCAAGGGUAUGAGCUUUUGAAAACAGACGAUAUCUUUUUACUAAAAGGUAUCUCGGAGGAUGGUACACCUGCCUUCAAUCCUCAUGUUGUUCAGCAAAACGGUCUUACUGUUUUAAGGUUUCUUCAAUCAAAUUGCAAAGAGGAUCCUGGAGCUUAUUGGCUCUACAAAAGCGCUGGUGAAGAUGUGCUGCAGCUCUUUGAUCUUUCCAUUAUUUCAAAGAACCAUUCAAGCGUUCAUAAUGACAGUGCAAGCUCAUUACCUUCUUUGAUUCACACUGGGAGACGUGACUCUAUGUUUUCUCUAGGAAAUCUUCUUUACCGUGUUGGCCAUAGGCUUUCUUUGUCAGUGGUGCCAAAUGAUAGGAACAAGUGCGCUAGGUUCCUCAGACAAUGUUUAAAUUGCUUGGACGGGCCUGAUCAUAUGGUUGUGCGGGCAUAUGCACACGAGCAGUUUGCAAGGCUCAUUCUGAACAAUGACGAGGAAUUUGAUUUGACUUUUGAGUCUAAUAGUGUGCAACGUGAAGUCAAAAUAACAGACCUAGAUGAGGAAUCACUUGAUCCUGUUACUAUUGUUGACCGUGAAAAUGAGGCCUUGAUUUUCUCAGAGGACAAGUUCACUGAAGAUUGCUCAGUUUCUACUAUAGCGCCUUUAAUAUCUGUUACACCAAAGUUGGAAGCAAAUGUGUCUCCUUGCAAUGAACUCGUACAUUCAGAUACUCCAGACUCCCACGAUACUAAAAGCUCUGCAGUGCACACCAGUUCAGAUACUAAUUUCGAUUGUGGUCCGGUAUGCCAAACUGCAACUAGUCUGAUCUCAUCUAAAGUAGCAGCAGUAAACCAUGUUUCUCAAGCUAUAAAGUCUCUCAGGUGGACACGUCAACUACAAUCUUCAGAACAGGAGGAGGCAUUUCUUGAUAUGUUGCCUGAUUUUUCCAAGUGUGCAUGUGGUGAUCCCGAUUGUAUUGAGGUUUGUGAUAUCCGUAAGUGGCUUCCAACAUCUAAACUAGACAGGAAAUUGUGGAACCUCGUUCUGCUUCUCGGUGAAUCAUAUCUGUCUCUAGGGGAAGCUUACAAAGAAGAUGGACAAUUGCACCAAGCUUUGAAUACUGUGGAGUUAGCUUGCUCGAUUUAUGGAUCAAUGCCCCAGAAGUUUGAGGAGACGUUGUUUGUUUCCUCGAUGAACAAGUUUCUUUCAUUGCAGUCAAAAUCGCAAGCAACAACGCAAGUGGAAGAUUUAGAAGAAAAAUCAGGGCCAUGUGACAUCAGUGUCAGAGAACUUUCAUCAACACGCCUCUUUUGGGCUAAAGUAUGGAUGUUGGUUGGCGACAUAUAUGUUCAAUUCCACAUUCUUAAAGGUCAGGAGCUCUCCAGAAGAACAAAGGAGACAUCAACCAAUCAUUUAAAAAUGCCGUCUGAAGUAGUUAAGGAAGUACAGCGGCUCAAGAAAAAGUUAACUGAGUAUAGUCAAAAUUGUGCCUCGUGUUCAUUAGUAAAUUGCAGCUGUAAGAGUGAUCGAGCAAGCAGUGGAAGUAGCGCAAGUAGCAGCAACAGCAAUGGAAGUAGUGCUCGUACUGCGCCUCAUAGCAGGAAGCACAAUAAAAAAUUACAGUCCAAGAAUGUCGCCAGCAGGCUCUCACGAAAUGUUGAAGAUGAACGUGUUAAUUUCAAAGUUGAGAACACGAGCCAUAAAGAUGAAAGUGCAUCCAAGGGAAGAAAGGAGGCUUUUCCUCUGGAGCAGAGUGAAUUCAGCUCUAAAAGAUCCCCAGGGGCAAAAAAGGGCGGAAUCUUCAAGUACCUUAAGGUGACCAAGACUGAUGAUGCAGAAAGCAAUCUGUUGGCUGCCCUAAAUUGUUAUGAGGAAACUCGAAGAGCAUUACAGGAGCUUCGAAGCGGCUGUAAUGAGUUGCAGUCUGUUCUUAGAAAGAAAGGAUGGGUAUGUAAUGAACUUGGUCGGAACCGUCUCGGGAGCAAAGAGCUCAACAAAGCUGAAGACGUUUUCGCUGAUGCUAUAGUGGCAUUCAAGGAAGUCUGCGAUCAUACAAAUGUUAUACUAAUUAACUGCAAUUUGGGUCACGGACGACGAGCUCUGGCUGAAGAAAUGGUUCCAAAGACGGAAGCUCUCAAACUGCAUCCUGCUUUUAAAAAUGCUUACCAACAAGCUCUGGGGACUGCAAAACUAGAAUACAGCAAGUCACUUAGGUAUUACAUGGCAGCAAAGACAGAACUCGAUGUUGCCACCAAAGAGGCUAGUUCGGUUCCAGACAAUCUGAAAGUUGAAGUCUAUACACAGCUUGCCCAUACAUAUCUCAGAUUUGGUAUGCUUCUAGCAAACGAAGAUACAACUCCUGCAGAUCGCGAACAGAAGAUCAUCCUAGAAAACACUCAUGAUUCAUCUUCAGAUGGAAAAUCCAGCGACUUGAGAAAACAUGACGUAUUAUCAGCCAGCGAUGCUAUAAGAGAGGCAUUGGCUCUAUAUGAAUCUCUCGGGGAAAUUCGCAAACAAGAAGCCGCAUACGCUUACCUUCAGUUAGCACGGUAUCACAAAAGUUGCUGCUUGAGGUUUCUGGAGACAGAGCGUCAAGGAAGUUCUCCUAAACCCGAGGCUAAUGUCAUCCAGAGAGCCAAGCAGUAUGCUUUGUUGGCAGAUAGAAAUUGGCAGAAAUCAAUGGACUUUUAUGGCCCCGAGAAUCAUCCUUCCAUGUUUCUUACGAUCCUGAUAGAGAGAUCGGCUCUUUCCUUCAGCAUUUCAAACUUCUGGCAGUUAAACGCUAUGCUUGAGUCAGCUUUGUCUCGCUUGCUGGAAGGCCGUCACAUCUCCAAAACAUAUGCAGAAUCUUUAAGAACCGAGGACCCAGAGCUUUACACCAAAUUCUGGGCCAAAUUGCAAAUGGUUCUAAAGCGUAUGUUGGCCUUAUCAUUACCAGCAGGCAAGUCUCAGACUCGUGGAAGAUCCGAAGACUCCAGAAAACUAAGAGAACUAUAUAAAGCAUCACUUAAGUCAACAAACCUUGGUGAGUUGAACGCUAUGCAUGUCUUGUGGACAUCAUAAUUUUAACUAGGCAAUCUCUUACAUGGGCAAUGAUGCGAUGGCGGAACCAUCAUAUUAGUAUAAAAUGGUAUCAGAACUAAAGCUAGUUUUCUAAAUAAGUGUGAUAGUGUGAAUCAUAAAAGAAUGGUAUUAAAUUUUAAAUGUCUUGGCAAUAUUAUAAAUUUUAUAUCAUAGACUAUCUUCAUAACU